UUUGCUCAAUGUAACAAUAUGGCGCAGAUUUAGAGAUAUUUGUCUUUCAUAAACAUUCUGUUUCGUUUUUUGUCCGUAUUCACUGAACCGAUUACUGGGAUAACUAUUCAAAAUGCAACUCCGUUACAUGAAAACUCUUCUUCCACCCCAGGAUGGAGCAUGCAAAGUUACGGCAAUGGCUUGGUCAGCAAACAACCAGAAACUGGCCGUUGUCACAAUGGACAGGGUCGUCAUGCUAUUUGAUGAGUUGGGGGAGAAGAGGGAUAAAUUUGCCACAAAACCAGCAAACUCUCAAGCUGGUAAGAAAAGUUAUAUUGUCAAAGGUUUAGGAUUUUCUCCAGACUCUACAAAAAUAGCUGUUGGACAGUCAGACAAUAUUGUUUUUGUUUACAAAAUUGGUGAAGAAUGGGGUGAGAAAAAGGUUAUUUGCAACAAGUUUGUUCAACAGAGUGCUGUGACUUGCCUGAUGUGGCCACCAGAUCAGCCGUUCAUCGUUUUUGGACUGGCAGAUGGAAAAGUACGCAUUGCAAACCUCAAAACAAACAAAUCACAAACACUUUAUGGGACAAACAACUAUGUUGUCUCCAUCACAAGCAAUUCAUCAGGACUUGGCCUAUUAUCAGGCCAUUCAGAUGGUGCAAUUGUGAGAUAUUUUUUCGACGACGAAGGAACUGGAUUAUCUCAGGGUCAACUUGUGAAACACUCUUGUCCCCCAUACGCCUUGUGCUGGGGCUCGUCCAUCGUGGCGGCAGGCUGCGAUAAACGCAUUGUGGCGUAUGAAAAGGAGGGAAAAGUUCUGCAGAACUUCGACUUCACUCGUGAUGAUGACGAAAAGGAGUUCACCGUCGCCGUGUGCAGCCCCAGCGGUCAGUCCGUCGUCGUGGGCAGUUUCGACAGAUUGCGCGUCUUCAACUGGAGCCCACGAAAAGGUGCUUGGGACGAGAGUAAAAUGAAAGAAAUACCCAAUCUGUACACAAUCACCUCGCUGGCUUGGAAAAAAGAUGGUUCAAGAUUAGUAGCAGGCACUUUAUGUGGUGGUGUUGAACUCUUUGAUUGUUGUCUUCGAAGAUCAAUAUACAAGAACAAAUUUGAAAUCACUUACGUUGGUCUCAGUCAAGUUAUUGUAAAAAACCUGUCUUCGGGUACUCGUGUGGUUUUGAAAUCACAUUACGGCUACGAGGUUGAUAAAGUGAGCGUGAUGGGAAAGGAUACGUAUUUAGUUGCGUACACGUCAGAUACAUUGUUGCUAGGAGAUUUACGCAGCAACAAAUUGAGCGAGGUGCCAUGGCAAGGAUCCGGAGGAAAUGAGAAGUUUUUCUUUGAGAAUGAUAAUGUGUGUAUGGUGUUUAAUGCAGGGGAACUGUCUCUCAUUGAGUAUGGGAAUAAUGAAAUUCUUACAACAGUCAGAACUGAAUUUAUGAAUCCGCAUUUAAUAAGUGUCCGCUUGAACGAACGGAAAGUAAAAUCAUCUGAAAACACAAAAAAGAUGGCGUACCUUAUAGAUUUAAAGACUAUCUGUGUUGUUGAUUUAGUUUCUGGAUUCAACGUGGCGUCAGUUGGACACGACUCAAAGAUAGACUGGCUCGAGUUAAACGAGACAGGACGAAAACUUCUUUACCGCGAUAAAAAGUCGAAGCUUUACCUUUUCGAUAUCGAGACCCACAGCCGUACAACGAUAUUGAAUUAUUGUACCUACGUUCAGUGGGUCCCCCUAAGUGAUGUUGUGGUCGCACAGAACCGGGGUGAUCUCUGUAUCUGGUACAACAUUGAUGCACCAGAGAGAGUCACAAUGUUUCCGAUCAAGGGUGAUAUAGUUGACUUGGAACGCAAUGAGGGCAAAACUGAUGUAAUAGUGAACGAAGGUGUAACAACGGUCUCGUAUACCUUAGACGAAGGACUUAUAGAGUUUGGGACAGCCAUUGACGAUGGAGAUUUUGCCAGAGCUGUCUCGUUUUUGGAGACACUCGAGAUGGUUCCCGAGACUGAAGCGAUGUGGAAGACCUUGAGCAAGCUUGCUUUGGAAGACAGACAGUUGUUGAUAGCGGAGAGAUGUUAUGCAGCACUUGGAGACAUCAGUAAAGCCACGUAUUUGAAGAAAGUGAAUGAGUUGGCUCAACAGGCUGCGGCGGACAUGGGUGGAGACGGCAGCCAUCAUUUCAUGGUGCGUGCGAAGCUGGCUGUGCUCAACAAGAAUUUCAAAACAGCCGAGAACAUUCUUCUCGAACAAGGACAUGUGGACGAGGCUAUCGAGAUGUAUCAAGAGCUUCACAAAUGGGACGAAGCCAUCGCUGUUGCAGAAGCCAAGGGUCAUCCGGAAGUUGAUCGCUUGCGAAGUUCACACCUGCAGUGGCUUUUGGACACAAAACAAGAAGAGAAAGCUGGCGAGGUUAAAGAGAAUCAAGGCAAUUACAUGGAAGCGAUCAAUCUGUACAUGAAAGCAGGUCUGCCUGCCAGAGCAGCGAGACUGGCGAUGAGUCGUGAGGAGCUGGCCAACUCCCCGGAACUAAUGGAGCGAAUUGCUGCCGCUUUGUUCAAGUCUGGUCUCUACGACAAGGCGGGUGAGCUUUUUGAACGGGUUGGAAAAGAACAACGCGCGCUCGAAGCAUACAAGAAAGGAAAUGCUUUCAGAAGAGCGGUGGAACUUGCCAGAGUGUCUUUUCCGAGAGAAGUCGUCAAGCUUGAAGAGGCCUGGGGCAAUUAUCUUUACUCUCAGAAACAAAUGGACGCCGCAAUUAAUCACUACAUCGAAGCUGGCUGUACCGUAAAGGCAAUCGACGCCGCUAUUCAUGCAAGACAGUGGAACAAGGCUGUGCAAAUAUUGGAGGUAGUUGAUGAUAAGGAAACUGCGCAGAAGUAUUACCGUCUAAUAGCACAACAUUAUGCCCAGGCUAAAGAAUACAAGAUCGCCGAAAAGUUGUAUGUCAAAGCAGGGUAUCCGAAAGAUGCUAUAGAUAUGUAUACGAAAGCUAAUAUGUACGAAGCAGCUCAUAAGUUGACAGUGACUUGCAUGGAGCCAGAUGAAGUCACAACACUCUACGUCACCCAGGCGCAACAGCUCGAAGAGAAAGGAAAAUACAAGGAAGCAGAAAGACUUUAUCUCACUAUCAACGAACCCGAUUAUGCCAUUAAUAUGUAUAAGAAAAUAAAACAGUAUGAUCAGAUGAUACGACUUGUCAAUCAAUUUCACAAGGAGCUCCUGGAUGACACUCAUAUUCACUUGGCAAAGGAACUCGAGAGUGAAAAUCAACUACGUCAAGCUGAACAUCAUUACAUCCAAGCGAACGAUUGGAAAGCCGCUGUCAACAUGUACCGCAAUAACGAAAUGUGGGACGAAGCUUAUCGGGUUGCUAAGCAACAUGGUGGCCCUACAGCAUCAAAACAAGUCGCAUAUUUGUGGGCAAAGACCCUAGGCGGAGACUCUGCUGUGAAACUACUAACCAAAUUUGGUUUGCUGGAGACUGCUAUUGAUUAUGCUGCUGAUAACGGGUCUUUUGAGUUUGCGUUUGACCUGGCUCGCACGGCAAAGAAAGAGAAGCUAUCUGAUAUUCAUCUCAAACACGCCAUGUUCCUGGAGGACGAAGGGAAAUUCCAGGAAGCCGAGAGAGAGUUUAUCAAGGCGAACAAACCAAAGGAAGCCGUACUUAUGCAUGUCCAUAAUCAGGACUGGGAUAGCGCGCAACGUGUCGCCGAAGAUCACGAUCCUGACAGCGUUGCUGACGUGCUGGUUGGCCAAGCGCGUGUAGCUUUCGAGAAAAAAGACUUCCAGCGUGCCGAGACGUGUUUGUUGCGUGCUCAAAGACCAGAGCUUGCCGCCAGAUAUUACAAGGAAGCUGGGAUGUGGACUGAUGCUCUGAGAGUGGUCAAAGAAUAUCUUCCCCACAAGAUUUCUCAGUGGCAAGAUGAGUACGAACGCGAAUCUUUGACAAAGGGCAAUAGUGGAGCUGACGGUAUCCUGGCGCAGGCCAGAGACUGGGAGAUGAAAGGUGAACACUCUCGUGCAAUUGAUAUGUACCUCAAGGUCACUCCAAACAGUUCGGACGAUAAAGAUUCAUUGGCCAACGCUUGGGAAAAGGCUGUGGAGUUGGCGAUGAAGUUUGUACCCAACAGAGCGGAAGAUGUGACUUUAGUUGCAUGCGAACGUUUGGCUGAAAUUAAAUAUUAUUCACAGUCGGCAGAGUUGUAUCUUGGAAUUGAGAUGGUUAAAGAAGCUAUCGAUAUGUUUAUUGACGGGGAACUUUGGGCCAAGGCAAAAAAAUGUGCAGCGGAUAUGGCGCCAAAUUUGGAGGGAUACGUGGAAGAAAGAUAUGUUGCGUUCUUAAAGCAGAAAGGCAAAGCUGAUCAGCUUGUAGAUGUGGAUGUCAUAGCUGGUCUUGAUAUGAUGGUUCAACGCGGAGAAUGGGCAAAGUGCAUUCAAACAGCAGAACAACAGGGUAACGAAGUGCUUAGCAAGUACGUUGCUCAGUAUGCUGCUCAUUUGAUCAAAGAAAACAAUACCAUGAAAGCUUUGGACUUAUUUGUAAAACAUGGAGCUCCUCCAAUAUCUCAGAACUUCAAUAUCUACAAACGUAUCGUUUACGAAAUGGUGUCCAUGGACGGAAUGAGUUCUCCUGACAAGUAUAAACUUUGGGCGGACAUGCGAGACGUUAUCUUUGAAGUGACCGAAGGGUUGAACAAAAUCUCAAAGGCUGGAUCGCCGGUGUUGAAAGAGUUUGAAGACAUGUUGUUGGUCUGCCAUUAUUAUGCUAACCGUGCAGCUUGCCUGCAGCAGGACUCAUUGGAUUCAAUCGCUGCUCAAAUCAGCGUGUCAUUACUGCGUCAUACGGACAUCAUACCAUGUGACAAAGGCUUUUACGAAGCAGGAAUGGCGGCAAAGAACGCUGGGAUGGAAAACAUGGCCUUUGUUUUCUUGAAUCGUUAUUUGGAUAUAAGUGAGGGCAUUGAAGAAGGAAGUCUUGAGUAUCUUGACAACACCGAUUUCAUGGAUACGGACAUUCCCUUUGAGGUUCCAGUACCAGAAAGACAGUAUUUACCAGAGGACAAACGAGAAGAAGUGAAAGAAUGGGUACUGGCUGUUUCCAUGGAUCAGAAGGUUGAACAAGUUCUUCCUGUUGAUGAACGUGGUACAUACGCUGCAUCUCUGGUUUCGCCCAGUACAAACAUUACUUCCCUACCUUGUGUCAUCACAGGUUAUCCUGUGUUGAGAAAUAAGAUUGACUUCAAGAGACAUGGCAAAGCCGCGAAUAAAGAAGCCUGGAAUAAAUUUGUCAUGGCAACAAAGAUGUCUCAUAACCCUGAAUGCCAGGAUGUUUUGAGAUUUCUUGGUCAAUACUGCGGUGUUCCACAAAACCCAUCCUUCUCGUUUGGCUGAAAAUAUCAUCUUUCUGAAGACUUUACAAUUGUUUAUUUAUUUGUAAAUAUCUUUGCCUCGUACGUAUAUAGCUCUAUAACUACCCAAAAUGCCGCCGGAUGGCUUAAUUUGUAGUUGAAGAUUGAAUACAAGUUAGGAUAAGGAGUUAAAAAAUUCGUGUUUGGUUCUGUUUUAUACGUUUGAAUACGGCUAAUGUUGAAUAAAGAAGCCGUUGUUGUAAAAGAAGGUUUAAUUAAUGAGAGGAUUGAGAGCUAUGCCUAUGGCUCUAUGCAAACUGCGAUUUUGACCUAGCACUCAAAGAUGCUGUAUUUUUGGGUAGUUGUAUGAAUAAUUUAAAAAGUUUUAAGUUGAAAUAAAAAUGAAUAAAUUUGUAGAAAUA